CUUGAUUUCGAAAAGCAUUCUGGGAAGGGAUGCCGGUGGAAAGCUUCUCGAAGGAACUGCAAAGAUGAUGCCCACACCGGUUAUCCUGCUGAAGGAGGGGACAGACACGUCUCAGGGCAUUCCCCAGCUCGUCAGCAACAUCAAUGCCUGCCAGGUGAUUGCAGAGGCUGUCAGGACCACCCUCGGGCCCAGGGGGAUGGACAAACUGAUGGUGGAUAGCAGAGGUAAGGCCACAAUCUCCAAUGAUGGAGCCACCAUCCUGAAACUGCUGGAUGUGGUUCACCCUGCUGCCAAGACCCUGGUAGACAUCGCUCGCUCCCAGGAUGCUGAGGUCGGGGACGGCACCACCUCCGUCACUCUCCUGGCUGCUGAGUUCCUGAAGCAGCUGAAGCCAUACGUGGAGGAGGGUCUCCACCCUCAGACCAUCAUCAGAGCGUUCCGCACUGCCACCAACCUCGCUGUCAGCAAGAUCAAGGAGAUUGCUGUCUCUGUGAAGAAAGACGACAGGCAAGAGCAGAGGCAGCUGCUGGAGAAGUGCGCAGCCACAGCCCUGAACUCCAAGCUAAUCGCCGGUCAGAAAGAUUUCUUCUCCAAAAUGGUGGUGGAUGCUGUCAUGUCUCUGGAUGAGCUGCUGUCUCUGAAGAUGAUUGGCAUCAAGAAGGUCCAGGGAGGAGCCCUUGAGGAUUCUCAGUUGAUCUCUGGGGUUGCAUUCAAGAAGACUUUCUCUUAUGCUGGGUUUGAGAUGCAGCCCAAACGCUAUGAGAAUCCAAAGAUUGCUCUGCUUAAUGUGGAGCUGGAGUUGAAGGCUGAGAAGGAUAACGCUGAGGUCCGCGUGAAAUCUGUGGAGGACUACCAGGCCAUUGUGGACGCAGAGUGGAACAUCCUGUACGACAAACUGGAGAAGAUCUAUCAGUCAGGAGCCAAGGUGGUUCUGUCCAAGUUGCCCAUUGGUGAUGUGGCCACCCAGUACUUCGCUGACAGAGACCUGUUCUGUGCUGGCAGGGUGCAGGAGGAGGAUCUGAAGAGGACCAUGAUGGCCUGCGGCGGCUCCAUCCAGACCUCAGUAAGUGCCAUGACAGACAGCGUCCUUGGACAGUGUGAACUCUUUGAGGAAGUCCAAGUUGGAGGAGACAGAUAUAACUUCUUCAAGGGCUGUCCGAAGGCAAAGACGUGCACCAUCAUCCUGAGGGGCGGAGCAGAACAGUUUACAGAGGAGACGGAGCGAUCGCUGCACGAUGCCAUCAUGAUCGUACGCAGAGCCAUCAAGAAUGACUCAGUUGUAGCGGGUGGAGGAGCCAUUGAGAUGGAGCUGUCCAAGUACCUGCGGGAUUACUCCAGGACCAUCCCCGGAAAACAGCAGCUGCUGAUUGGCGCAUACGCCAAGGCCUUGGAGAUCAUCCCCAGACAGCUGUGUGACAACGCCGGCUUUGACGCAACCAACAUCCUGAACAAACUGCGCGCCAAACAUGCACAGGGCGGUAUGUGGUAUGGUGUAGAUAUCAACAACGAGGACAUUGCAGACAACUUCAACGCCUGCGUCUGGGAACCAUCCAUUGUGAGGAUCAACGCUCUGACGGCAGCGUCAGAGGCAGCCUGCCUCAUCCUGUCAGUGGAUGAGACGAUCAAGAACCCACGCAGCAGUAUGGACGGACCUCCUGGCGCUGGCAGGGGCAGAGGCCGCGGGAGGCCCCACGCUCACUAAGAGAAGCGAGAACAAAACCUCAUUUUAAACUGGCAUUGAAAUCCAAAUGACUGUGUCUUAAGUACUGGUUAGGUUACAUUUCCAGCUAUAUGCAGAGAUGCAAAGAUGAUGUUGAAUGUAGCUUGGCAUGUUUGAGCUGCAUUUGGAUUUGAAUUCUAGAUAAAAAUUAGGUGUUGCCGCGUCAGUCAUAGACACACUGCAAAUGGCGGGUGUAGUGAAACAAAUAAAAGGGGGAAGGCUAUUUCAAUACAGUAUCUUUCGACUUUGAUAAAGAUGGCUGGCAUUUCUUGUGUUUUCUUUGUCACCUGUAGUUUUUUUUCUUACUGAGGUUUAGUCUGUUUAACAUUUCAAGCACUGCAUCUUUCCAUGUGUGGCCAUUUUACUAAGAAAUUAUGUUGCAAUAGCCCCCUCUUUGUUUUGAAUCAGACGCACACCUGUCCCCUCUAGUUCACUCUUCCUCCCUCUGACCUGAAGCAGCUGUUCCAUCAUUUCUAAUCUGGUUUUGUGUUCUGUGACAAACUGAUGUGUAACAUGGGAAGUAAAGCACUGAUAGGAUGUUGAGCAGUUCUGAACCAUGCAUUGGUUAGGCUGUGUGAAACUAUUUAUUGGACCAUUCUUAUCAAUAAAUUCACAGCUCAAAUCGUA